AUGAACAUGUUUACAGAAUCAACGCCCUGUUCUUGUGGCUUUCUACCACGAUCUUCAAAAAGUGAAAGACUCAGUUCUGAAUUGAUGCAAUGCGCAAAAGUUAUUCUUGAUAAUUGGAAGAAGGUAAAAUUACAAAUGAAUAUUACUCAAACAAAAGAAUAG